CUGGGUGGACCAACGGCGACGUUUCUGCCCAGUGACGCAGAGACGUCAGCAGUCGGUGGGCGGAAAAGCGGUAGUGUGUUUCUGUAAGUGCAGAUAAAGGCGAACCGGGUGUUUUUAUCAAGUCCUUUCAUACAGGGAUAACGUACGACUUUAGUUCCGAGCCUGGUGAAAUGGCGGUUCCUGCGGGUCAGACGGACGUCCAGAUGGACCGCGGCGCCCUGAGCGGCCAGACGGUUUCCUCCGAAAACAACAUAGACAUCGACGAGAAAGAGUUGGAAAACAUCACAAAGAAACACCGAGAAGAAGACACGGCGACGCUGCCUCUGCACUCGCCUUGGACGUUUUGGCUGGACAGGUCACUGCCCGGCACCACAGCAGCAGAAUGUGAGUCCAACUUGAAGAAGAUCUACACAGUGCAAACUGUUCAGAUGUUCUGGAGUGUAUACAACAACAUCCCUCCAGUCACAGCCCUGCCUUUGAGAUGUAGCUAUCACUUAAUGCGCGGAGAGCGGAGGCCGCUGUGGGAAGAAGAGAGUAAUGCAAAGGGAGGCGUAUGGAAGAUGAAAAUACCAAAAGAAAACACUUCUGCAGUUUGGAAAGAAUUGUUACUCGCUACUAUUGGAGAGCAGUUUGCAGAUUACUGCGCCUCAGAUGAUGAGGUGGUUGGCGUCAGCGUUAGCGUCCGGGAUCGGGAAGAUGUUGUACAGGUGUGGAAUAGCGAUGCAUCUCUCGCUAAUGAAGCAAAUAUCUUGGGGAAAGUUUAUGAGCUGCUCCCGUACAUAUCUUUUAAAGCUGUUUUUUAUAAGUCUCACAUGGAGCAUCAUGCCUUUGAGGGAGGACGCUCAAGACAUUAGAUUCUACUGCUGCCCCACCCCACUUUUUUUUUUUUUUUUUUUUUUUUUAACCUGAACUCUGUUCCUGCCUUGGCGUGAAGGCGCUGUCCACAACCUAAUCGAGGAUAUUAUUUUGCUCUCAACAAGGAAAUGUUAUUAAUCUAUUUUUAUAACUUUUAAUGACUGAUGCCUUGUUUCAUUUAAAUGUGGGUCCUAACAGCUCGAAACUCUCGAGAGAAUGUUUAUCCAGCGUAAAUCUCACCCCGAGUUCGUUACUUCACGUCGAUUUUUUUGCCUUUCCUGCUACACUGAACUGCACUGCCACCAUGGUCCCGUCAUGUGCACAGACUGUGGACCUCGCAAUUUUAUUCCUGGUAGAGGUAGCAGCUACUUAACCUAGCUAGUUUCAGCUGUUGUGUAUGUUAGACGUAUGCAUUCAUGUCGUGUUUUAAUCAAGUCUGCUUUUUCGGUGCCAAAGCACUUUCCUGCCAUUUAAGGAGCUUGUAUCUUAAUGGUGAAGGUGUCGUUUGUAUUCAGCUGGACAUUUGCCACUUGGAUGGAGGUGAAUGUCCCAAUUGGUUUCUUGAAUCUUCAUCAAGUGUACAUCAAACUGAAAUCAGGGUAACAUUUCAAAGAUAUUGCACAUAGCUGCCAGUUCCCAUUAUGAUGUUAUCUAGUUAUAAAGCUGUCAUAUAGCACAGAUGUGACAUUCAGAGCCUGCAUAUUUGGCUUGUGAUUUUAUCUUUUCUUUUUUUUUUUUAACAGCGUUAUCCUGUAAGGUGCCUCUAACAGCGCUCCUCUCCACACCCUGUUGGACAUUUCUUUCAAUAUGCACGUUGAAAGACCCCGCCCCGCUCUCUUAAACGGAGACAUAGAUUGUUUGGGGGAGAUACAUGGCACAUUUUUGUGCUCGGCUCUUUGGUGUUUGUCUCUACUUGUUUCUCCUACCAAUAAAUCUAGUAGUUUGCUUACUUGGACUGUGUCCAUUAAAACACACACACACAGAGGGAAAGGGGGCUGGAUUAUUGGCUUAGAAGAAUGUUACUGAAGGUCCUGCUUUUCCCAGAUUUAGCAAUGUUUGUAAAAGGAAAAAAUAUGAUUAAGCAAAAAAACAGCAGAUAUGACAAGUUUCAGUUGUCAUGGCAUCGAUGAAAAAAAAAUUACUCUUAUACUGUAGGUCAUAAUUCUGUCCCAGUCAUACAUUUUUAUUUGUAUUUUUAAUUUUUUGUCACAAACCUUUUUUCUGCGUCUCAAUCGGUUUCCUUCACUAACCCUGUUCCCGUGCCGUGGUUUUAUUGCAGUGUAGGGCUUCAGUUACUGAAACGCUUCUGGUAUGUCAGCACCACUUUUAUAGUUCAACUUUGGACGGGUUGAUGGUUACGAGAGGAGAAUUUGUCCUUUGUAAACAUAUUGUGCAGCGAUCCGGGCAAAGUAAAUAAAAUUGAGCCGAAAAUGAAGUGCUCAUCACCGGCGUUUCAUUUUGCACAAUACAAACAUCAAUAACAGGCCCGUUAAAGGAAAUUAAUGUUAUUUCAUGGGGAAUGUCUCGGUGUAUUAAAAGCUUUUGCAUAUCCUCAGCCACUUUGUGCUAAUUCAUUCUGGCAGCGCAUUGAUUUUGGUCCUCACACACCUUGUAAUCGUAAGACCUGAUUUUAAUUACUGACUGGUGGUGAUUAUAUGACUGAUAACCUCAGCUUUUCAGUCAUGAAUUUUUAGACCUUCCAUGAAGCAAGUUUGCUACUGGUAACAUUAAUACUGGCGUUAAUUAGAUGUGAAAGUUUAAUCUGAAGAGAACAACUUGCUGUUGCUGUUUGGAAAUAAGAUGCAGGCCUCAAAAUCACAAGAGGCUAAAGGAUGCAAAGGAUCAUUACCACGUAUAAUCUGUGUAAUGUACCUCGUGUAGCUUUCAGUAAACUUUCUCAGAGACCAGAAAGGCUCAACCCAUCUAAAAUGACCUCAUUCACAACACAAGUAGUUGCUGCAAAGUUCCUUGUAAGUUCACUGACCCCCUCAGUCUAAAUAUGUGUAUGAAAUGUUUUGGCAAUAAACACUGCAACAUUUCUCCGGUCUUUAGUGAGCACUGUACAACAAGCUGGAGCGAGCGACUGUGAAAUUAGGACUUUGGGGCUCUGAACAUGUCUAAUACCCAAGAUAUGAUGUAAAUAUCCCCUGUGCAGCUCCUGGCCGUGCACAGAUCCAUUCCUAGAUUUAGUUAAGUUACAUGCUGCCUGUUUUCCUACUGAUCGUGCCUGUUAUGAGCAGCCAGUUGAAAUGGUUUAUACAGUUGUUUGUAGCUGACCAUUGGCCCAGUGUGGACAUAAAUGGAUGGACAUGGUCAGCAACAAUGCUCAGUUGGUACUAAGGUGCCCAAAGUGUGCCAAGAAGAUAUCCCCCUCACCGUUGCACCACCACCACAAACCUAAAUUAGUUAUAUGGAUGGAUCCAUGCUCUCACACCGUUUACAUCAAAUUGUAAACAUGCACAUGUCACAGCAGAAGUUUAGACUCAUCAGAUCAUGCAAUAUUUUUCCAACCUGCUAUUGUUCAAUUUUGGUGAGCUUGUGUAAACUGUAGGCUUCCUGACAGGACUGUCACCCGGUCGGGUCUUCGGCUGCUGCAGCCCAUCUGUUUUAGGGUACUGUUUUAUAUAAUCAGAGAUUCUUCUGCAUACCUUGGUCUAUAACAGAUUAUUUUGCCCUACUGUUGUCUUCCUAUCAAAAUACCCACAAACUGGAAAACGCCAGUCAAUCAGUAAUUCUCGGAUCAGCCCGUCUGGCACCAACAACCAUGCUUUGUUCAAAAUCACUCAACUCACCUUUCUUCCCCAUUUUGGAUCUUGACCGUGCCGACAUGGUUAAAUGUACUGAGUUGACGCCAUGUGAUUGGCUGAUUAGACAUUUGCAUUAAACAGUUAAACUAGUGUACCUAAGAAAGUGACUGGAGAGUGUAUAAUAAGUGUUGUUAUUUUCCUGCUAAAAUGUGAAUUACUGACAAGAAGACUGCUUGUUAGCACUUCCUCUGGUAACAGUCACACCAAAUGUCUUUGUUAUCACACUGGCAUUAAAAGAGCUGAAAGGAA